AUGGCCCUGUAGCAAAUGGCCCUUCUUCAAAAGAAAAAAAUACAUUUUUUAAUUAAUAUUUAAUUGUAUUUAUGUUUUUCAGGGGGUGUUGCAGCACCCUCAGUACACCUGCUUCCCACAAUUAUAUCUGUGACAUGCUAUUCCCAACAAGCAUGUUUGAUGUAUCAGGAAAUGCUCUUGGUGGACAUAGCAUAUAUUCUGUUUCUGUAACUGCGGUCUGUGGACAUGAUGUCUGACUACUGUACUGUAGCAUAGAGGUACAUAGCAUGUAAACAACAACAGCUGGCAAAUUAGCUGCCGUUGGUAAGGUAACUGCCAUUGGGAACACAUUGCUUAGUUUAAGGUACAGUAUUUCUGAAGACCACUUGGCUUUUGCAGUGGAUGUGUUAAAACUGUAGUGUAUGUACUGUAUGUUUUUCUAACUGUGAAUGUAUAGGACAUGCAUUAAAGCUACAGGAGUGGAUUGUAUGAGACAGCCAUUCAGCUUGUUGCUCAGGAAAGGCACGAGACAAACGCAUCACCCCGCUGUGGCAAGCUGUCAUGUGAUGGCGUUCCUCAAUAUGACACUUUUGGGAUAUUCGCCUGUGCUGCACAGGCAGCUUCACACCACGGUGUAUGUUUAGAGCAUGUUGUCAUGGCAACAGAGCUGGGAUGGCCGGAUCGUGCAGCACAGUGAGACAGAGGACAGUUGAGGAGGAGACGUAUGUGAUGAUGAUUCCCAAGGAUCACAGUCAUCAGGAUUAUAUUCCUCCUGGGAUUCUGCUGGGAGCCAUGUGACAUCAUCACAACAUACGGUGUCCCUCGUUAAUUGUUCUGAAGAAGGAGUAAUGAGACUCUGAGGGUCGACCCUCCUGCAAACUCACACCACCUUCUGGCUUACCCUAUGUCCCUCCACCCCCCAUCCCCCACUCUCCCCACUCCCAACACACACCCUCCCCAGCGCACGUCUCUGGUUUGCUAGUUUCUAUUUAACCCCCCUCCCUUACUCUCUCUCUCUCUCUCGCUCACUCCCUCUCUCUCACUCCUCCCCUUAUUCCCUCAAAGCCAGCAGGCUGCUUUUCGAUCCAGACCGCUUGCUACAUGAUCUCCUUGAAAACACCGUUGCGCAUCUCUCUCGCCGCUCGAUGGCUUAGCCUUUGUAGACUACUCAACAAGAGGAAGAGAGAUGCCAGCGCCAGGACAUUGACUCCUUUCUUUCUUCUGCUUCCCCCUCCCCUUCCUUAAUCUCCCAUCCCUUGAUCUCUACCCCCUCCCCUGUGCCCUCUCCUGUCCUGUACCUCCUUCCUCCCAACCUCCUCCUCCCCUACCUAAACCCCUGCUCUCCCUCUCACCUCGCACCCCCUUGACAAUGUUACCAUGCAUUAACUGGCUUCAGCCUUUCCUUGCCUUGCUUUCCUCCACCUUGCUGACUCGGGGCCACAACUGUCCGUCCAGCUGCCUGUGUCCAGACCACCACACCGUGGACUGCCAGGGCCAAGGUCUCACCAGCCUCCCUAGCCCCAUCCCCCUGGACGUCCGGCGCCUCCUUCUCUCCGACAACUGGAUUCCCUGGAUCCCCUCGGACUUCCUGGUUCUGUACAGUGACCUGGUCUACCUGGACCUGAGGAAUAACUCCCUGUCGGUGCUGGAGCCCGGCACCCUCAGCACCUCAUCUCGCCUAGUCUUCCUGGACCUGGGCAGCAACAACCUGACAGAGAUCCAGUCAGGGACCUUUGUGGAGUCCCGGAGCCUGAUCAAGCUGCGUCUGGGGAACAACCCCUACCUUAGCCUGGUGGAAGAGGAUGCUUUCCUGGGGCUGACCUCGCUGCGAGAGCUGGAGCUGGAGAGGAACGGCCUGCAGGGGCUGGAUGUGGGGGUGCUGGAGCCCCUAACCUCACUCCGGGUGGUGCGCCUGGAGGGCAACCCCUGGGUGUGCAACUGUCACUUUGCCAAACUUUUUGUGUGGCUCACGGAGAACUGCCACAAGCUUCCAAUGGGUAUGGAGGGGUUGCAGUGUUCCCUCCCCAUGGAUGGGAGUCUUAUGUCCCUGAGCCUGCUCUCUGAGGCCAGUUUCCGGGAAUGCCGGGGCUACCUCUCUCUUACGGACAUCCUCAUUGUCAUCUUCUCGGGCAUCUCAGUCUCUGUGGUGGCCAUUAUAGCCAGCUUCUUCCUGGCCUCCAUGGUCCACUGCUUUCAGCGACUGGGCAAAGCUGGUCAGGCGGAAGAGGAGGAGGGCAACGACUGAGGUGAAGAAAAAGCAUGAUCUGGGACCAGAUUCAGUAUCACUGCAGACAUAGCAGACCCGACUAGGUGCCUCGUAAGAGUGCCAGGAAGAAGGGCAGGACAAUGGGAGAGCAAGGCGUGGACAACGAGGAGGGAGUAUAUGGCCUAGGAAUUGUGCAAGAAAGCUCUUACCAUGUGAAUUCCUGUGUGCUGCAUUGGUGGCAGUCAGCAGCACAGGGGUUAAACCAUGUCAGGAAAGAUUGUGUUAAAUAACCUUGAAUGAUACACGUUUUCUUAUCACUGAAGUACGAAAUGUGCUACACUCUUAGAAAAAAGGGUUGGAAAAGGGUUCUUCGGCUGUCCCCAUAGGAUAACCCUUUUUGGUUCCAGGUAGAACCCUUUUGGGUUCCAUGUAAAAUCCUCUGUGGAAAGAGUUUUUACAUGGAACCCAAAAGAGUUCUACCUGGAACCAAAAAGGAUUCUUCAAAGGGUUCUUCUAUGAGGACAGCUGAAGAACCCUUUCAGGUUUCAAGAGUGUAUGUUUCAUUGAUUGAACACAGCCUUACUACAGAUGUAGGAUUUUCAUUUGACCUACACUAUAUUGUCACAGCAAAAUUAUCCUGCAGCUACAGGAUUUGAACAUUUAGUCCAUAAUGUUGCUUGAUCGGUGGUUAGGCUAUUAGCUGGCCAAAAGUAGGCUACAUGAAAAGUGCAAUACAGUUAAUAUAACUGUGUGUUACUGUGGGUUUUCAGUGAAUUUACGUAUAUAUCAAAGCUCAUCUGCAUUUCCUGCGGUGCAGGAAAAAUCUUAGUAACAAAAGAGUGAUCAAAUUAAGAUCAUAAAUCUGUACCUUACUUUGGAGAGAUCAUUCAGCAUUCUCUUGAAAUCGUAGUUGUACUAUAUUUGGCCUACAAACACCACCCUUUCAAAGAGGACUAUUCCUCUGCUGCCAGGGGGUUCUUUAAGAUCUGGCUUGAGCUGGGAAGUAAAGGGACAGAGAGGAGGACAAGGGACCGGCACACAGCAGUCUAAUGCACACUUAUGUCCAUUGCAUUGAUUUGAGUAGCAACCUACGUAACCUUUGUUUACCAAAGAACAGUCCGAAUGAGAAGAUUCUAUUGUUACAAUAUAGAACACAGAAAUGGGAUAGCAUGAGCAAUCAACAUGGAUGUUACACUAAACUUUGACACAAACUCCAAAAAUGCAAAAAACGAGUAAAUAUGGAGGGCAUUGUUACAAUAUCUGUUUUUGGAGCAUAAAUGUAGCCUGACCAUGUUUGGUGUUACAACACCCAAAGGAGUAGGCAAGAGAGCAGAAACAGACUGGCACUCAGGCUAGCAUAAAUGUGUUAUUGGCUAAAAAACUGUCACACGUUAGGUACAGUAUACUAUAUAGAACAAUAUGCUAAAAUAUCCUGCCAAUUAUCUCCCAUAAAUGCAAUUAUGGAAAUCUUUAUAUUAUACAUGUAAAUGGACCAAUGUAUUUCCUUGUUUCAGGCAUAAUGUAACUUAUUUUACAUUUGACACUUAUUUUACAUAUUAAUGCAGAUUUUUAUUUUUUUUCUCCUUUUUUUUAACAAAUUAAGUAUCUUUUUUGUAUGGGGAUUUCACAUCCGAUGUGAGCGAAGUCUCUAAUUCCAAGCUAACAGGGCUAAGGUUAAAAUCUGUUAAUUUAUUUCAAUAUCUUGAUCAUCCUUGAUGUUUGGGCCUUCCAGUCCUUUCCCAUGUCGGCCUUUAUUACGACUGGGUACUGGAGCCAUCCUCAAAAGACCAGCAGCUAGUAGCAGCCAGGUGAAAUUGAUGAAUGAAUGCUUUUGGUCAAUGAUGGCAUGUGUAUUUUUUUGGCUUCCUGAAACGACUGGGAGAUCAUAAAUGAAAACCAGCAUACUCAUAGAUGCUUCAAGACCUGAGUUUGAGAGGUUGUCUGUCAAACUAUAUCUGUCUCUGGCACUUGUGACCUACCAAUGAGAUUUGAGAUCCCAAAAACAGAUUAAAGGGCUUUUUUUCUGAUGCACCUUAACAAACACAUAAAAAAUAUUAACACGGGGUUGCAAAAGUGCAAUGUUACAAAAUGUAAGAGAGAAAAUGAAGCAGUAAAAUAAACACAUUAUGCUCUGGAA